UAUCACCACCAUUCACUGUGAGGAGGGCACUACUCCCCUCCUCAUAAUACUCUCUCUUGUAUUAUGCAAUAUGUAAAUUGAAUAGUGAGGUUUCUGCGACACGCAGUGACUUGGGUCUACCACUGCUAGUCGACUCCUCUAGUACUCUGUGGAACUUAUUUCGUAACCGCCGAGCUCGUCUCAGGAUUUUCCGAUCUCUCUGAAAUAAGUUGUUCGUAAGGCAAAGCUUAGAAACUUAUUGCCACAUAAGCUUCUGUGAUUUCUCGGCGUUCGUGCUAGAUUUUGUUUUGUUUUUGCAGGCAGGGAGUAGUGUCGGUCGAAAUUAUUUUUCUGUUAUUGGAGAAUUUGGUGUCAACAGAAGCGAGGGUGUUGACAGCUCCGAAUUAGGGUUAAGCAGCGAUGUCUGGCCUUAUAGAGGGUCUACCGGACAUGGUAACGCUCCAAUGCUUAGCUCGCCUUCCACUCUCGCAAUAUCGAUCGUUGCAGCUCGUUUGCAAAUCUUGGCACGCGGCUGUUCGAUCUUCGGAACUUGUUCACUUCCGCAAGGCGCUUUGCACGCAGGAGGAAUGGCUCUUCGUCUGUGGCCACACACCAAAGAAAGUUUGGGAAGCCUAUGACCCUCUCGCUAACAAAUGGAGCCUCCUCCCCGUCCUCCCAACGUCAAUUAUAAACCUUGAAGGAUAUGGCGCAGUCGGAUGUAACGGCAAGCUCUACGUGAUUGGUGGAACAAGCGACUAUGUGGAUCCUUGUACUGGCGAAAGAGAGCCUUUGAGUCCAAGCUUGGAUGGCUGGGUGUUCGAUCCAAUUCUCUGGAAAUGGAGCGCUAUAGCUCCUAUGCCUACGCCGCGCUUGCACUUCGCAUGCAUGUCUUAUGAGGGUAAGAUUGUUGUGGUGGGUGGGUGGAAUUCCAGAGAGAAGCCAGUCUUUGACGCAGAGGUUUACAAUGUUGAGCUGAAUAAAUGGCAAAAUUUCCCUCGCCUUAACGAAGGGCCAUCUCCAGUGACAUUCGGCAUCGUCCUGGAUGGCAAGAUGCACGUGUUUCAUAAGUCGGAGAAGUUGUCUCAGGUGUAUGAAUCUGCAAAUCAAAGUUGGAUAGUGGAAGAAUGCAAUUGGGCAGGAGGCGCGAUGGCGGUGGUGAAAGGAGAGCCCUACGUAGUGCGACAUGGAGUUGUAAGCAGAGAGCACCACUCCCAACCCCACCGAUCCUCGCCGUUAUGCUCCUGGCCUGAGUGCUUGAAUAGGAAGUGUUUCGCCGUUGCGGGUCUCGGACCAGAUUUAUAUGUCGUCGGAGGUGUAAUCAGGCCCAGAUUAAGCUCUUCAGAGAUUUCGUACUUACACGACGUUGAUAUUUGUACCGUUGAAGGCGAGACGGAGGACCUCGUAUGGCGCAAGGGCGCUCCUAUCCCGCUCCCUCUCAGCUCUGCGGAGAAUCAGAUCUGUGCAACUGUCAUUCUCUGAGGCAGGAUUUUAGGGCUGCAAAGUCUCUAAAUAUCGAUAGUGAACUUGUCACAAAUCUUUUGGUUUGUGACGGUAGCUCCCAUUAGCUUGUAUUUUUCCCUUUGAGUUAUUCAUUAUCUACAGCGUGAAGAGAAGUUUCAUUAGCCAUCACUGUGACCUUGGCGGGUUUUCAUGAGUUUGAGUUGAUUCUUGGAUGCACUAGAAGCUCAUAUUCGUAUUAUGUCUCUGAUUAGGUGGAAGGACGCUUUGUCCGGAUUUCGAAACAGUGCUCUCUUUGAUAUCAAGCCACAGUGCACACAUACCCAGCAUCUCUGUAAAUCUCUGUAACGUCAAUCUUUA